AUGGUGGCCGUGGGCGUGGGCGUGAUUGUGCUGAUGGUGAAAACGCUGUGCUUCUCGUCGGGACAACAGAACACGCAGGAGCAAAGCGCCAAAGGUGAGGAGCUGCCUCAGGUCUAUGCAGAGCCCCUGAUGCCACCUUCUGGGAUCCUGCUAGCCUGGACAGUGGCCCUGAAGGUUUUGCUGGGUCUCCUGGCACGGUUGUGGUGGCAACAGCGGAAGAAAAUCCAGGACCUGUCCCAGGAGCAGAAGAGGGAGCGAGAAGAGAAAGAAGCAGCUGAGGCAGAGAAAGAAAAAGCUCAGGAAGCGAAAAGAAAGCUGCAGGAUGAACUCAGGUGGACAAAGAUACCCUACCUACCACGUGAGGAUCGGUGUCAGGUCUAUGCAGACUUGAAGAUGUCCCUCUUCCAGCCUGCAGAUGUGUUUCUGGAUCCAGACACGGCGCACCCCGCCCUCCUGGUUUCUGAGGAGCAGAGGAGCCUUCAAGGGAUAGACACAUGGCAGAACCUGCCAGAAAACCCUGAGAGAUUUUGUGGGAAUGAGUGUGUGCUGGGCUGUGAGAGCUUUGCCUCAGGGAGACGCUUCUGGGAGGUGGAGGUGGGGGACAGGGCACAGUGGCGUGUUGGGGUGUGCAGGGAGAACGUGAGGAGGAAAGAUGGUGUUAAAAUGGCCCCCAAGAAUGGGUUCUGGACAGUGGGGCUGAAUCCUGGGAAUGAAUACCUGGUUUUCACUGACCGGCAGACCCCACUGGCAAAUAUCAGCCCCCCUGAGAGGGUGGGGGUUUUCCUGGACUAUGAGCUGGGGGAGGUCUCAUUCUACAAUGCCAUCGAUGGGUCCCACAUCUUCACCUUCCCGCACACCCGCUUCUCUGGGCCUCUGAGGCCUGUUUUCAUGCUUUGUAGAAAUGAGCCCACUCCCUUGACCAUUUGCCCAGCGCAGAAAGCAGUGAGGAGAUGCCGUGUGCCUGACCCAGGGCCUGACCCCUCCCUGGAGACCCCAGUGUCCCCGGGCUCAGCUGAUGGGAACAGGGACUCUCAGCUGAUUGUCCUGUCGGGCAGGGUCAUGGGCAGCCCCGAGGGUCCCUCCCAGGGCACCAAGGAGCCCCCGCCGCCGCCUCCUCGGAUGCUGCAGCCCUGGAUGGUGGCCGUGGGCGUGGGCGUGAUUGUGCUGAUGGUGAAAACGCUGUGCUUCUCGUCGGGACAACAGAACACGCAGGAGCAAAGCGCCAAAGGUGAGGAGUGGCCUCAGGUCUAUGCAGCUCUUGCUGGGGACAGUUUUGGGGGAGUGACCUGA